AAUCUGCAGGGAUGCGAACCCGUUGGGGGGAAAAGGACCGCUUUUUUUGUAUAAAGGUGUUCGGUGAAUCAAUGUUUCUUCCUUCAGAUUCAUCCCGAAAUAGACCAGAAAAAGGACGAUUCACACACUGUGUUGUGGUCUUGGUCAAAUUACUCAAUUAGGGCUGCUAAUCGAAAGAGUAUUCAAAUAAGUAUCUCAGUAGCAUGUGCUACCUUGCUCCUGCAAUGAAUGUUAACCUUAAUUAUAUAUUCAUCCAAUCUUGGAAUGAGACUAGAACCUACAAGCUUCUGACUCCAAGUGUUUCCAAAAUUGCCAUUGAAGGAAGAUAAAGGAAAGUAUACAUGCAGUUUUAAAGGUUGCUUUGGAACUUGUUUCAGGCUUGACGCUGUGAAAAUGACCCACUUACCAUUUUCCCUUAGUGCUGUAUUGCUAUGCACCAUUACAGGUGCUGUAUCAAAUUACUGCAGUGAAACAGCUCAGUAUCCGGAUGCUAUAGUUUCCCCCAACCUAAAGACAACCAAAAUCCUGCGAGUUCCUCCAGCAGUGUCAAUGUCGGAAUGCAUAUCGGCGUGUUGUGACUUUACUGACUGUGACUUGGCAUGGAUGUUUGAGGGUCGCUGUUACAUUAUAAAUUGUCAACGCAGGGAUGAAUGCGAGCCAAAGAUGACUAGUGCUGUGGAAUCUUACUUAAGCUUUGUGCAGCGGUCACCAGCUCAGAGGCCAAGCUUACAAGAUGCCUAUCAUAAAGGCAGAGGACGUUCCAUGGGGAAGCAAAGGGAGUCAGUGCCAACUGAGGGGAAUGGUAACGUGCAAGAUCUGUAUGGUGAAGACUUGACCCUUGAUAGCUCUAUAGCAGAGGACUCCAUAAGGGUCUACAAAGAAAUACCCGCCACCUAUGGGAAUUUGGAGAGUACCAGCAAGAGUCCAGGGCAGAUGCAUGGCUCACAGCCCUGGCCACUGUGGGAUCUUGAUGUGUCUUCUGUGAAGGCAAGUGGGGUCGAUGUUGAGGAGGAGGAUAUUGGAAUUCAAAGCAGAGCCCCUCCAAAUGUGAGCUUCCCAGUUAAUGAAUCUCAGCAAGAAGAGUGGAGUGAUGAAACAAAGCAAGAGGUCAACCAUGUCAUGAAUUUUGUCCCUUUGGAGAAAGUGAGCAAAGGAAAACUACUGCAAAAGUUGAAUGAAAACAGCACCAGUGUCCAAGAGGAAUACGUAUUUCCAUCAAAUUCAUCACAUGUUGAAACACUGACUGCAACGCUGAACCCAGAAACAAGCAGUUUUGUGUCUGCACACCAGCAGAAAUCCGGAGAAGGCAUCCAAAUUAUAACUCCCAGUGUUGAGAGUUCACUCACUUCACAGCCCACUGCCACAGAGACAUUAACAGUCGCUACGCAACAAGUGAAGGAGCUUGUUGUAUCCGCUGGAAGUAACAUAGUGAUCACGCAACCCAAAAAUUCGGUGGAACUCAAUACUUUUGUGGUUCCUGCACCAUCUGCAGAAUCACCUUACAGUUAUCAGUGGAAUCUUGUGAGCCAUCCUGUGGACUUUGAGGGUGUAAUGGAAGGCAAGGACUCUCCAACACUGAAGCUAUCUCAGCUGUCAGAUGGCCUAUACGUUUUCAGAGUCUGUGUGUCUGGAGAAGGCGCUUAUGGAGAAAGCUUUAUCAACGUCACCGUGAAGCCUGCUCCUCGCGUCAAUCAACCACCAGUAGCCAUUGCCUCACCAUGGAUACAAGAAGUUUCCCUGCCUACAACCUCAACAUUUAUUGAUGGCAGCCAAAGUAUGGAUGAUGACAGGAUUGUGAGUUACCACUGGGAGGAGGUUAAGGGUCCCCUGCGAGAGCAAAAGGCAUCAGCAAACACUGCUAUCCUCCAUUUGUCUAACCUAGUGACUGGUAACUACACCUUUAGACUCACUGUACUUGAUUCAGAUGGAAUUGAGAACUCGACAACUGCUAUGGUGAUUGUCAGCAAACCUGUGGAUUAUCCCCCUAUAGCAAACGCUGGCCCAAAUCAGGCAAUAACCCUGCCCUGUAAUAGCAUUACUCUGAACGGAAACCAGAGCAGCGAUGAUUAUCAGAUUGUGAACUAUGAGUGGUCACUCAGUCCGAACAGCAAGGGCAAGGUGGUUGAAAUGCAGGGUGUGCGGACACCUCACCUCCAGUUGUCUGCAAUGCAGGAAGGGGAUUAUACAUUCCAGCUGACCGUUACAGACUCUGCUGGGCAGCAGUCCUCAACUGAGGUGACAGUCAUUGUCCAGCCUGAGAAAAACAACCCUCCGAUAGCAAUUGUGGGCCCUGACAAAGAAUUAAUAAGCCCGGUGGAAAGUACUACUUUGGAUGGACAAGGGAGUAGUGAUGAUCAGGGUAUUAUCUCGUAUCAUUGGGAGAAGAUCAGUGGCCCUGAUGUGAAAAUUGAGGACAGUGAUAAGGCUGUGGCCUCAGUGAUAGGGCUUCAUGUUGGGACGUACCAAUUCAGGUUGACUGUCACUGACCAGCAAGGUCUAAGCAGCUCAAAUACAGUGGCAGUCACCAUCAAAGAAGAAACAAAUAAUCGUCCUAUAGCCUGUGCUGGAGGUAACCAUUUUCUGACCUUGCCCAAUAACUCUAUCACCCUUGAUGGUUCCAACUCCACUGAUGACCAAAGCAUCGUAUCUUACCUUUGGACACGGGAUGGGCAAAGUCCUGCUGCAGGUGAGGUAAUGCAUUAUUCAGACCAUGAAGCAAGACUGCAAGUAACUAACCUUGUGGAAGGGAAGUAUAUUUUUCACUUGAAAGUCACUGAUGCGAAUGGGGAGUCAGACACAGACAGCACCACUAUUGAAGUACGACCAGAUCGUAGGAAGAAUGACUUGGUGGAGCUGGUGCUGCAGGUUGGAGUGAGCAGUCUGACUGAGCAACAGAAGGACACUCUGGUGCGACAGCUGGCUGUGCUGCUUGGGGUGCUCGAUACAGACAUCAAUGUUCAGAAGAUUCAGGCACAUUCCGAUUCCAGUACAUUGUUGACAUUCUACGUUCAAGGUGGGCAGCCGUACAAGGUGUACAAAGGUGUGGAUGUGGCCAGGAGUUUGCAGAAACAGCUCAUGAGAGAAAAAGUGGACUUCCUGCUUUUUAAAACUCUGAGGAUAGAUACGGUUGUCUGCUUUCUGAAGUGCUCAGGUCACGGGCACUGUGACCCAUUCACUAAGCGUUGUGUCUGCUACCCAUUCUGGAUGGAGAAUCUGAUACAGCGUUACUUCGAUGAUGGAGAAAGCAACUGCGACUGGAGUGUGUUGUAUGUGAUUUUGUCGGUGUUUCUAAUGAUCAUCACUGUUGGCGGAAUAUGCUGGAUUUGUAUCUGUUGCUGUAAGAGAAAACGAACCAAAGUAAGGAAGAAAAAUAAGUACACCAUCUUAGACAAUAUGGAUGAUCAGGAACAAAUGGCAUUGAGGCCAAAAUAUGGUGUGAAACACAAAAGCACAGAACAUAACUCAAGUCUAAUGAUAUCUGAAUCGGAAUUUGAUAGUGAUCAGAACACACUCUUUAGCAGAGAAACCAUCGAGGACAACCAUAAAGUUGUUGUGAAUGGCUCGCUGAAGAAUGGAGUCUCCUUUAAUUAUCAUCCCCAAAACAGAUAAAUUUGCUGAAUAAGCAACUGUGGUCUACUUGUGAUGCACUUCUACUGCGGUGCAAAGCUGGGUACACGUACCCACUUGGAAUUAUUAAUGAACAUUUAAAACCUUUUUUUCAAAAUGUUGAUGUACUCUGGAAGAGAUUUUUUUCUGGAAACUACUGAAGGAAACUUUUUUUCAGCUCUUGAUUGUUCAUCUUGGAUGUCGACACACAGACAGCAGAAAGGUUUGUCAGACCUGAUCUAUUGAGGGAUUCUGUAAUUUCAGUUUCCUGUAGAUUUAUGUUUAUAGGAAUUUCCAUUAAGUCUGUAAUAACAGUGUGUAAAUGUGAGAAUAAGAGCAGCUCCAACUUUGAGAAAGGUCACAUGAAUUAUUUUCAUGGAACAAUUUCUUCAUAUGGAAAUCCAAAUUGGUAAUAAACAACUAGUAGAAUAUAUGAAUGGUGCGUUUCACAUCCUAUGCUAAAUAUUAAAGUUUUCAAAAACAAAAGGUUAAUUCAUACGGUAGAACAAAUGGAUCUAGAUAUUAAAUUUAAAUUCUCCUUCUCACAAUAUGAAAGCAUCAGUUCCUAUCUGUGUUUGUGCUGCAGUGCAGCAAUAUUGUUUCUUGUACAGUUAGCUGUGCAAAUAUGAUAAAUGAAAAACCAUUUUUCUUUGUGGUUAAUUUUCAGUCUAAUUGGUUGGACCAAAAUACAAAUGAGCCAAAAGCAAAGCUGUAGGCAGAAUUAGUAAUGCCAAUUGAGUAACAGCCAGCAAAAGGCAGAUCGCUCUGAUAAAUCAAGGUUGAAGCAGUUAAUUAAAAACGUACUUCCUCUAAAUUCAAAUACCGUUAAUUGCAAUCCAUAAUCUAUCGACAGGCUUGAGCAUUGUGUGCAUUUCCUGUAAAUGUCAUCUUUAAUUCCUACUUCAUUUUUCACUGAGAGAGUUGAAUACUUUUGAAUUAUAGCCAUUUGUACUGGAUAGAGUCUAGGCACCCAUCUGCACACAAUAAUGAGAUUAAUGAACAGAUCAUCUAUUUUGUGCUGUGGGCAAAUGAUUAGAUAUUAGUCUCUUGAGUGGGAAGGAAAGCCUGAACCAACUUGGCAAAGUGCAGGAGCAUUUAGUUUUGUCCAAUUCCCACUAGUUGGCAGGGUUGUUUUACUUACAGAAAAGAUUGAGAAUUGAUGGAGAUGUUCAAAAUUACAAGCAAUUUGGCCAGUAAAGAUAAACUGUUUCCAAUGGUGAAAGGAUCAGGAAUCAGAGUACAAUGAUUUGAAGUGUUUGGCAAAAGAACCAAAGGCAACAUUAGGACACAUUUAUGCAGUGAGUGGUUAGGACCUGGAACACAUUGUUAGAAUGUGGUGGAUGCAUAGCUAAUCGUGGCCUUCAGAAUGUAACUAUCUGAAAAGAUUUACAGGGCUACAAGGAAAAGAGAUGCUGUUGCCAUUCUUCUGUGUUGCGAUUAUCCAAUCAUCUGUAAUUCUCCCAACAUUCUGCUCAUCUGCAUUUUGUAGACAUGGCUGAAAUGGGGUCAACCACCAUUCAAAGAGGCAAUUUCUUUGGUAUCUCCUUCCCUACCCCUCCUCCACUCAAAACCUGAUUGCCAGUGCUGGUAAUAUCUGCCCCAAUUCCAUGGUUUCCAAGUCAUGCAGUGGAAUGGGUUUGCAAAUUUUCUACUGCAAAACCUGACAUUAUGCUAACUGCAGUAAUUUCCAAAGUUAUCUUUGUUCUUUAAACGCAAGUUUUUCACUUUCCAAAGGAAAAUAUAUUUCAAUCAUUCCUAUCAGAUUUUUCAUCCUCAGUUUUUCUAACACAAUCCUGUCAUGUAUUGAAUUUGACACCUCAUAAUACUUUUUGAUUUAUACCCUUGACAGAAGACUGAUCACUUUGCAGGGUGGCUGUGUAUAGAGUUACUACUGAAUAUCACUGUUCAGUUUCUUAUAAACUUGAUUUCUCUAUUUGAUGGACAAAUCCUCUGAAUUUGUUUCCCCUUUUAUUGGGGGGGUGGGGGGAAGAAAGAGAGGCUAGGAUGAAAUCAAUUCCUCAUGCUCAGUUGAGUCUUGAUGGGCAAACUGCUGCGAUUGGUUUCUUUGGAAUUUCAGGACCACAGUAGAUAAAAUUAAACCUUACUGCUGUCAAAUGGAGGGAGGGAGGGUACAGCAGUGUCUGAGCUCUGGUUAGCUUCAACCCAUCAGAAAUCCUAUAUUGACAUAUGUUUAAGAACUAGUCCAGUGCAGUGAUAAAUUUAACAAUGGAUGUCAGCCAUGACGAUGUUGUUUCUAAAUUUUAGGAUACACUAUCUUUUUGGUUGAAGUCCGAGCUAAUUACAUUUGGUGCAUUUUGUAUUUUUCCAAAUUAAGCUUUUUGUGAAGAAAUGUAGACAAAUGUCUGUGCCAUACAUGGCAGGCCAGUGUUUUGAUCAACAGGUCAAUAAUUGUCUUGAGGAUUAAUUUGUUUAUUCCUGGAUGAGAUAUAACCAAUAUACUUGAAUGUGAAGUGCUACUGCACUGUUUGUAUCUGAUUUUGGCUUUUUACUAGCUCUGUCCUCUAAAGCCUCCCAACAGAGAGACAUUUUAUAGCUUUGGCCAGUUCAACAGCUCACAUUGAAGAGUACUGAGCCAAUAGGCUAAAGUGCCUAGAUAUUUCUGUUCAGUACAUGUCAGUUAAAAAACAAGGACAAAGAACAGUACAGUCAACUCAAACUAACAAUCUAUUGUUAUCUAACUUGCUGAUUUAUUCUUGCUUCUGUGUAGUGUAAGUGACAAUAAAUUUAAAUGAAUAGUU